AGAGAAACAUUAGUGUACGUGACUGCGUUGUUGGGGGGGUAAAACAAUAACAACUGUGUUCGUGUUAGAGUUUGAAGCUUGGGUGCAAAAGACGGUAUAUUCUGUUUUUCCGCGUUUCUGCUGGAAAAGCUCUUUUCUACUGUAAAAAUGGCAGCUGAUUGCGAAGCUUGGCUGAACGCAAACCCUGUUGAGGCGGAGGACCUCAGUGAUUCCUUCAUUUCUGGUGAGGAAGACAAUGGCGGAUUAGCUGUCUCAAAUAAAAAUAUCAACAAUGAGAUCAAUGGCAAUUGGUUAACCUCAUCCAGCAACAACAUCCAUGAAGCACGUCUCAAGGCAAAGGCUAAACGGAGGCUGAGAAAGAACUCCUCCAGGGACUCUGGCAGGGGGGACUCCCUUAGUGACAAUGGGGAUGUAGCUAGAGGAACUUCUGCAGCACCCACCAGUCCCAAGAGCAAGCUGCUGGACCGAAAGUCCCGGCUGGGGAAAGGCAGAGGCCUUCCAAAGAAAGGUGGGGCAGGAGGAAAAGGUGUGUGGGGCAGGUCUGGUGAAGUUUAUGGACCAGUAGAGGUAGAUGAGAAAGACCCCAACUAUGAUGAAGAUCAGGAAAACUGUGUGUACGAAACUGUGGUCCCCCCGCUGGAUGAGAGGGACUUUGAGAAGACAGUCACCCCUAUAGUGCAAGAGUACUUUGAACAUGGAGACACAAAUGAAGUAGCUGAGCUGCUUGCAGAACUGAACCUGGGGCCCAUGCGGAGCGAGGUGCCCUCACUGGCUGUGUCUUUGGCCCUGGAGGCCAAGGCUAGUCACCGGGAGCUCACUUCCAGGCUGCUGGCCGACCUGUGCAGCUCUGUUCUGACCCACAGCGACAUGGAAAACUCAUUUGACAAACUGCUCAGAGAGCUGCCGGAUCUCGUCCUGGACACACCCGGAGCCCCCCAGCUGGUUGGGCAGUUCAUUGCACGUGCUGUUAGCGACCAAAUAUUGUCCAAGAGCUACAUUGAGGGCUACAAAGGCAAAGUUGACUGUGAAUAUGCGAGGGCAGCACUAGACCGAGCAGCGGUGCUGCUAAAGAUGAGUAUGGGAGGGCUUCGCAUAGACAACCAUUGGGGAACAGGAGGGGGCCAGAGACCAGUCACACAGCUCAUUAAAGAGAUGAACCUGCUGCUGAAGGAGUACAUCCUAUCUGGAGACAGCAAGGAGGCUGAGAGAUGCCUCAGAGAUCUGGAGGUUCCCCACUUCCACCAUGAGUUUGUCUAUGAGGCAAUUGUGAUGGCGCUGGAGUCCAAUGGGGAGAAAACACUGAAAAUGGUUCUGCAGCUACUCAAGUCUCUCUCCCUGUCCUCCAUUAUCACGGUGGACCAAAUGAGAAGGGGCUAUGAAAGAGUUUACAUGGACAUUGCUGAAAUAAACAUUGAUGUCCCUCGUGCAUACUGUAUCCUGAAGCAAUUUGUUGAAAAGAGCUUCAGCGUGGGGAUCAUUGGUGUGAAGUUAAGAGAUCAGUGUCCCUCCUGGAAGCAGAAGAGGUUUUUCAGCGAGGGAGACGCUGAUGUCGUCAAACUUGAGCGAUACUGAGGAGACCUUCUUCUGUACCAGAAUUCCUGGAAAGAAGAGGAUGGAACUACUUUUCUAUUUGCAUAUUUUUCAGAAUAGUUAAGUUUUCUCCCUUCUGACAGUAAAAUUCUGAAAUUGAGGUGGGGUUAAAAAUAACUGCACUUUUGACUGAAACUGAAGUAGAUCACUUUCUACGAAGUGUUUCUAUAUAAACAUUUACAUAAGCUAUCCCGUGAAGUGCCACACCUCUGUGUCAGCCAUUCCAUGUUGUUUUGUACAGUAUUUUAUUUUCUGGUUCCACUGCCACUCCUUUGUGUUUUCCAAAAAGCUGUUUGUCGGAGAUAACUGGUUUGUGUUAAGAGCUUUAUAAGAAGUGUGAAAAUAAAGGGAGAAUGUUGGUUUAAUACAAUACUAGCUCUUUUUUUUUUUUUACAAGCUGCUGUUUUGAAUGCUGUGUUUUACUUUUUUCCCUUUUACAUGCUAAAUCAAACAAAGAUGUCGUUUCAAGGUAUUUUAUGACAAAGUAAAAACAGUUACCAGUCAGAUAACUACCUAAAGUGGUGUAGAGUUUUUAUUUUUGUAUUUGGGGAGCAAAAUACACCAGUUUCACUCCUCGUUUGUUCAUUAAAUCACUAUUAAAGCUG